AUGCAUCAGGAUCCAUCGACCUACUCGUUGCCGAUGACUAUGAACCCUCAGUUUCCGGAGCACGAACAUCUUGAUUGCCCUAGAUGCGAAUCCAGCAACACCAAAUUCUGCUAUUACAACAACUACAAUCUCUCGCAGCCUCGCCAUUACUGUAAGAACUGUCGACGUUAUUGGACCAAAGGCGGAACUCUCCGUAACAUCCCAAUCGGUGGUGGUACUCGUAAAACCAAUAAACGAUCUUCAAAUUCCAGUAAACGUCCUGUUAAUUCUUCGUCUCCUGAUUCGCCUGUAACGACUCCACCGCCGCAGCCACCGCCACCGCCUCCGCCAGCUCAGUUUAAGCCGGAACCCUUACCGAUUUUUGGGUUUGGUAAUAACCAAGGUAAAAUAAACGGUGCAAGUUUCAACUCGAUGUUGAGAUCGAAUCAUGGGGCGCAAUUUGGGGGUUUUGUAGAUGGGUUGAGACCGAAUUUGGGUGAUGAAGCUCGGGAGGAUAGAUUGGUUGGAACUCCGGUGGCGGAGUUAUUCCGGAGGGACUAUUUGAGUAUGAAUAAUGAUCAUAAUCAGAGCGGAAGUGGAGGCGGAAGAGGGGAGUCGAGCGGUUGCGACGGAGGGAAUGGUUGGCCUAAUCUUUCCAUUUUCACACCAGGUUCCGACCUCCAUUAG